AUGAUGUUUCCUCAAUUCAAGAGGGCUGCCCUCUUCGCCCUGCCUGCGGUAGCAGCUGUCUCUCAGACGACCAGCUCUGAUGCCACCAAGACAGCCGAUGCAGGUAUCAUUGCGUCUACAUACUCUGGCAGCACAGCAUCAGUUCUUUUGAACGGCACAUACACCACAUUCACUGCUCAGUACACACUACCUGCAGCUAUCGAUUAUGGUGCAAACUUGAUACCCAAUGUCGAGGAUCCACAAGCCAAGGUUGCGCAGAGCGUCUGUCCUGGAUACAAGGCCUCGAAUGUUAUGCAUAACCAGUACGGCUUCUCGGCUACUCUAAAUCUUGCCGGACCGGCUUGCAAUGUCUACGGCACCGACGUCGACGUCCUCAAUCUCACUGUUGCUUAUCAAUCUCUCCACCGUCUAGCAGUAGAAAUCUCGCCAGCCCACGUUACUGCAGAAAAUGCUACCUGGUACAUCUUGCCUUCUGACCAGGUGUACAAGCCCGAGCAGACUGAUGAGGUUACCGAUGACUCUGAUCUUCAAUUCGUCUGGUCCAAUGAUCCUUCUUUUAGUUUUGCUGUCCUCAGAAAGUCGACUGGCGAUGUUCUUUUCUCUACUGAGGGCACCGUUCUCGUUUACGAGGACCAAUUCAUUGAAUUUGUUUCUGCCUUGCCUCAGAACUACAACCUCUAUGGCUUGGGAGAGCGCCUUCACGGCAUCAGACUCGGCGACAACUUGACUGCCACCAUGUACGCUGCCGACAAUGGUAACCCCAUUGACAGAAACUUGUACGGCACCCAUCCCUUCUAUCUCGACACCAGAUACUAUGAGAAGGACUCCAUGACCGGUAACUUGACUCUCUUGACUGGUAAUGCAAGCGCCAACGCUAGCUACAUCUCGUACAGUCACGGCGUCUACUUGAGAAACUCUCACGGCCAGGAACCUAUCCUGAACGCCGGAAACAUUACUUGGAGAACUCUCGGUGGCACCAUCGACCUCUACUUCUUUGAUGGCCCUACUCCUGCUGAGGUUACCAAGCAAUACCAGACUGGUGCUAUUGGUCUUCCUGCUAUGCAGCAGUACUGGACUUUUGGUUACCACCAAUGCCGCUGGGGCUACAAGAACUGGACCAUGAUGCAAGACGUUGUUGAUAACUUUGCCAAGUUUGGGAUUCCUCUUGAGACUAUCUGGAACGACAUUGAUUACAUGUUCCAAUACCGUGACUUUGAGAACGACCCUAACACUUUCCCUUACGACCAGGGCAAGAUGUUUAUUGACGGUCUUCACGGCAACAACCAGCACUACGUUACCAUUGUCGACUCAGCACUCUACAUUCCUAACCCUGACAACGUCUCGGAUGCAUACUCUGUCUACUCUCAGGGUCAUGAUAUGGACGUGUUCAUGAAGAACCCCGAUGGAUCUGAAUACAUUGGUGCUGUCUGGCCUGGCUUUACCGUCUUUCCCGACUGGACUGCUGAGAACGCUACUCAGUGGUGGACUGAGUCUCUCAAGGAAUGGCACCAGAAGAUUCAAGUCGAUGGCAUCUGGAUCGACAUGUCAGAAGUUAGUUCUUUCUGUGUCGGCAGUUGUGGAACUGGUAACCUGCACUUGAACCCCGUUCACCCUCCUUUCCAACUUCCUGGAGAACCUGGUGACGUCGACUACGGAUACCCUGAGGGCUUCAACAUCACCAACGCUACUGAAGCCGCUGUUGCUUCGUCCCUGUCCGCCUCCCAGGCAUCUGCCAACUCGGCUACACAGACCUCCUCGAGCACUACUACUCAGCCCUACCUUAGAACCACACCUACUCCUGGAGCUCGUAAUGUCGACCACCCUCCUUAUGUCAUCAACAACCAGCUUGGCGAUUUGGGAGUCCAUGCUGUCGCACCUAACGCCACUCAUUCCACUGGUGUACAGGAGUAUGAUAUCCACAACCUGUUCGGCAUUGAUAUUCUCAACGCAACUUACAUCGCUCUCACCGAGACCAUCAAGGCCAAGCGUCCGUUCAUCAUCGGUCGCAGUACUUUUGCUGGUGCUGGUAGAUACGCCGGACACUGGGGUGGCGAUAACUAUGCGACAUGGGAGUCUAUGCUCUUCAGUAUUCCCCAAGCCCUCGACUUCUCCCUCUUUGGUAUUCCCAUGUUCGGAGCUGACACCUGUGGCUUCUCUGGUAACUCGGACGAGGAACUUUGCAACCGCUGGAUGCAGAUGAGCGCCUUCUUCUCUUUCUACCGCAACCACAACACCCUCGGCGAUAACUCCCAGGAGCCCUACAUCUGGAGCUCAGUCAUCGACGCCUCGAAAAGAGCUAUGUCGAUAAGAUAUUCGCUUCUUCCCUACAUCUACACCCUCUUCCACUCAGCACACACUACUGGUAGCACUUUCUUGCGCGCUAUGGCCUGGGAGUUCCCCAACGACCCCAGCCUGGUCGACGCCAACCGUCAAUUCAUGCUCGGACCCAGCUUGCUCAUUACACCCGUUCUUCUUCCUCAGGCUACCACUGUCAACGGUGUCUUCCCUGGCAGCAAGGACGGAGUUGUCUGGUAUGACUGGUACAACCAGAGCGCUGUCCCCGCCUCUUAUGGUGCAAAUGUCACCAUGGACGCACCCCUGGGCCACAUCAACGUCCACAUUCGUGGUGGCAGCGUCCUGCCUCAACAGGAGGCUGGCCUUACCACCACUGAGUGCAGGAACAGCUCUUGGAGUGUCAUUGCUGCUCUUUCAGCUGAAGGUACUGCCACUGGCAGCUUGUACAUCGAUGACGGAGAGAGCAUCAUUCAGAACUCCACCCUGUAUGUCGACUUCACUGCUGAGAACCAGCGUCUGUACGCCUCUGCUCGUGGUCUCUGGCAGGAGAAGAACGCUCUUGCCAACAUCACUGUUCUUGGUGUUCAGAAUGCACCCAAGAAUGUGUCUCUGAACGGCCAGGCUCUGAUGUCUGGUGUCAACUACAACUCCACUAGCAAGGUUCUCAAGGUCACUGGUCUUCAGAACGCCACUUCUUCUGGUGCCUGGGCCAAGGACUGGGUUCUGGAGUGGUAA